CGUUUAUUGCCAUUUUCUCUGUGUUCGUUGUGAAGAAGAGUUCUUCAUAUCUCUAGCUGGACUCUGUUGAAUAUGGCUGGACUUCGAUUGCAACAACCUGAAGAACCAGAGCUAUCACAGGCGCGAGUAACCGCCGCCGUCGCGUAUGCUUCCAAUGAUCUGAUCUCUGACGACGACCGAUCUAUCGCAGCCGACUCAUGGUCUAUUAAGAGCGAGUACGGUAGUACUCUCGACGACGAUCAACGUCAUGCUGAUGCCUCCGAGGCGCUUUCUGUUUCUGCUUUCCCUGCCACCUCCGAUUACAACUCGGAUAAGGAGGAACCAGAUGCUGAAACUAUUACAUCGAUGUUGGGCUUCCAGAGUUAUUUGGAUGCUGCGUAUGCAGAUGAACUGGUUGAUUUCCGUGAACAUGGACAUUCUGGUGAAGUGUGGUUUGGGGCUAAUGUCAUGGAAACUGUUGCUUCUUGGACAAAAACUUUAUGCUCAGACAUAUCUGAAAGGCAUUUUCAAAAUCACAUCGAUGGUAAAUCUGGUCCUGUUGAACAGAUUAAUAAAGAUGUUACUGGUUGGAAUGUUCUUGAUGACAGCACAGGCAACGGGUUGCUUCUCCAAGAACUCUCUAAGCUGGAGUUUUCCAGUCUUACAGGUACUGAUUACAGUGAAGCUGCAGUAGACCUUGCUCAAAAACUUUCUGAGCGUGAUGGAUACACAAACGUUAAGUUCUUGGUUGUCGAUGUACUUGAGACAAAGCUGGAAUCAAAAUUUCAACUUGUGAUGGAUAAAGGAACUCUUGAUGCUAUUGGAUUACAUCCAGAUGGCUCCAUAAAGAGGGUCUUGUAUUGGGAUUCAGUAUCGAAACUGGUAGCACCAAAUGGAAUAUUGGUGAUAACAUCAUGUAAUAGCACGAAGGAUGAGUUCGACAGUGUGUUGAAGUGUGUGAGGGUAUUGAGAGAUGAUGGUGGUGAUGAUCAUCCAAGUUUGAGUGUGUUGACAAUGAAGGCAUGGUUGGGGUUAGGACGGCAUGGCGAGGCAGAGAAGGAGCUGAGAGGAAUGGCAGCAAUGAAGGAGAUUCCUGAGGUGAUCUGGGUGUCAGUGGUGGAGGCUUACUUCCAGGCAUCUGGGGCAGUAGGAGCUGAGACUGUAAAGGAGAUAUUUUUGGUGCUUCUGGGAAAGUUCCAUGUUACUGCUAGUUCUGCAAUUAGGAUUGUUCGCAGGUUAGCUGGAAAGGAGAAAAACUUUGAAGUGUGUGCUCAAUUCUUCAGAUUCGCAUCAGAAUUUUAUGGGGUGGUGGUUAUUGACAAAGCCCAAGAAUAUGACAUAAUGGUCUGUAAAUCGUUGAUAUUGAGCGUUACUGCUGUAGUAGCUGAUGCAAUGCAAAAACAAGCUAAUUUGCUGGAGUUCUGUUUUUGUUUUGUUAUAUUGCGUUUCCCUCAACUUCUGUUGAAGUUUCAAAGAGACCCUUGGGUCUCUUUUAUUUCUAAAUAA